GGUAUUGAGAGGCAUCCCACCUCUACCCACCCGCGCCAGCCAUUUUGGGAGGGUUAGAAUUCGGAGGGGGGGGGGUAAAAUUGGGAGAUCGCUUUCUCGCUCGCCCCACUUAUGUAGAGACCAUCUUCCCCACCAUUUCAUACGGUGAGUAAACAAGCGGCAAGCCUUUUGUUUCCCUGUCCUACCUGUAAGGCCCGUUUAUGUAUUUGCAAUAGGACCAAAAAUAAGACCAGAAUCCGUCUUGACUAGGCGCGUCUGGAGAGGGAGGGGCGGCGCCGGCUACAAAGCGACUCAGUUGAGCGACGGGCGAGACGUUUCCCCGUUCCUGUGUACAGUAUAUGCUUCCUCAACAGUAAGCCUCACCAAGGAGACUUAAUACCAAGUAAAUGCGCACAGGAUCGCACCCAUUACGUGCUUCGCUUGUUUCUCCAGAACGUGGCAAUUCUGCAGAAGAAAAGGCUUUUCUAUAGACUGCAUGUGAAUUGCGAUGUACCAUUAAGGCGUGUGUUAGAAAGCCUACUUAAUACCAUUUCGCCAUUAUUAUUAUUUUUUAAAAAAUUAAACAUCAUGGUGUAUUCACACGCUCCAGACUUCUGUUCAGCUCGCUUUAUGAAAUGGCCGUGAUUGCCGGCGAUGAAAAUUUCACAAAAUGGUUGUCUGCCCAGCAGGAUCUUUGCAGUCGCGGCACAUCACUUUUGCACAAAGCAGGCUCCGUGGCCGGCGGGGAGGAAACCCCGGGAGAUGCUUGAGUCAUGGGUCUACUUGGGAACGACAAGCUUGCCGCGGUGGGUCUAGCUUCCCAUCUCUGAUGCCCCAUCACGAACAUUUUUGGGCACAAUCCCUCUCUUCGCCCUCCCUCCCCCACCCCGCGAAACGCAAUAAACGAAGGUUGGGCUCCAGCACACCGACGCUACCCAGCAGGCCGCGCGGAGCUCAAGGCUGCCUCUCGAGCUCGCGGCUCGCUGGAAGCUUCCAGGAGGAGGAGCGAGGAGGCGGGGAGCGCGAGGGAUUGUGGGUAGAAGACGGCGAGCUCCCCUUCAGCGCCAUUUUGUGGUGUUUGACAGAAGCUGGUGUGGCUACUGCUGUAGCUGUUGCGGUGGCAGAGGCGGCCCUUGGCCCAUUUCCCCUCCCCGGUAGGUACUGAAAAUCGGGUAUCCGAUGCGGAGACGGCUAUAUAGUCAGUAGAGAAGAACUCGGGAAGAGUCCUUAGUCUGAUUUGGGAAUAACGAAUUAGAAUUUUUUUUUUUUGCCUGUUCAUAAGACUUUUAAGCCGUAACUGAAGCCUCCUACAGCUUCAGAGGCGCCAAAGAGAGAAGAGACGCUAUAGGGAGCCCGGUUUGGGGGGGGGGGCGGAGGUGGGCGCGGCAGUUUGGAGCGCCAACCGUCCGCUUUCUGAAGCAGGGGAAGGCUUAGGAAAUGCUUCUUCGGUGGGAAGGAGCUUCAGUUUUAGGUGUCUUUUAAAAUGCCUUUCCGUCCCUUCCUCUGAGUCGCCGCCUCCCCUUCAUUGCGUUUGUGGAGAACUCCGCAUAAUUGCUAUUGUGGUCCCUAUUGUUGGUCGCCGCAGGUGUGGUUGCGUCCUGCGUUUCUCUCUGCUGCGGAAUAUCGGCCACCAUUAAACGCCGCCCUGUCAGCGCCAGUCUCUUGCAAUGCCCAGCGGGAGGCACCCGUUGUAGAAAGGAUUCUUCUGGUUUAAUUUAACCAAGAGCAGCGUGGCCAUUCCGCUUCUGAUCUCUAUUCCUUCCCAACAUAUACGUACCUUAAGAGUCACUUUUUGUGAAUAUCUAAAUAUAUCUUUUAACAGCUCUGCAGAUAACCCUUUUACAGCGAUUCCCUGAUUAUCUUGUUACUGGUUUUUUGUUUUUUUUUGCUGCAGACAUAGCAUUAGGAGCGAGGGUACUGAAAGCUAUUUUUUAGUUCAAAGUACUUUGUUGGAGGGGCGUUCAUUACUAGGGUGCCAGACCAGGUUUUUGUAGGCUUUACUUUGGAGCCUUGCAUUUCUGCACUAUGCUUUAAACAUGAUCGGUUCCGUGUCUGCAUUGAUUGUUUUUUUCUUCUUCUCCUAAAUAGACAACUCAAUUCACUAGAAGCAGGAACUGAAGGCAAGCCAUGGGUUCUGACAAACGGUAGGCAAAAGCAAACAUUGAAGUAUUACAUAAUGGUGGCUGCAAUUUCAGAGAUGUAGAUUGAUGAAAUAUGAAAAACACCUUUUUCCCCUCAUGUGUUCCAGAUCUGUGGUAUAUGAAGGUAUCUCUUUAGCAAUCUUCAGGCGUUACUUGCAUGAUGGGAACAUGUGUGGCCAGGGCGGCUGCAUGGUCACUUGUUUAGCCCUGCCCCAAGUUGAAUAGCCCCUGCUUCUGCCUUUCUGAAGCAGAGUGCCUAUUUGCUCUACAAUAUAAAAAACCUGGACAGUCAGGGUUGUAAAUUGUGUAGGAAGCUUGCAUGCACCUCAUUGGAUCACACCAAAUAUCCAUCUUGUUCAGCAUCUUGUUUUUACAGUAGCCAGCAAAAUGCCUGUGGUAGCUUGCAAGCAGCACUUGGUUUCAGCAGCACUCUGCCCACAUACGAUCUUUGGCAACUGGUAUUCAGAGGUAUAUUGCUUCCAGUGUCAUGAAUUAGUUUAAAUCUUUUUUAAAGCCUUCCAAGAUAGCCCUUAUUAGAUCUUGUAGGAAUGAAUUCCAUAGUUUUAUAUGCUGUGGGAAAAACAUUUUUUAUUGUCCAGAAUUUUCCCACAUUCAGUUUCACUGAAUGAUCCCAAGUACUGUGAGAAAUGCUUUUCUCUAUCCCCCUUCUGCACAUCAUUCAUAAUUUGGUACGCCUUUAUCAGGUCCUCCCUUACUUUCCCUUUCUAAAUUUAAAGGGCCCCACAUGUUGAAACCUUUCCUCAUAGGGGGUUGUUUCAUCCCCAUGAUCAUAUUCAGUCUCCUUUUUUCAGCUGUACAACAUCCUUUUUAGGAACAGAAGCCAUAAUUGUACUCCAUAUUCUGUGUAUGGUCAAACCAAAGAUUCGUAUAACCAUAUUAUGAUAUUAAUAGCUUUAUUUUCAGUGACUUCACUAAUGAUCCUUAAUAUGAAAAUCAGCAUUUUCACCGCUGCUGCACAACACACAUUUUCACCAAACUAUUCACUAUUACCCCAAGGUCCUCUUCCCUGUCAGUUACUACCUGUUCGGAUCCUAUAUAAACACAUGUGAAGUUGGGAUACUUUUUGCCCCCAUGUGCCUCAUUUUACACUUGAUUAUGUUGAAUUGCAUUUUCCAUUUUAAUAGCCAUUUACCCAUUUUGGAUGGAUCCUUUUGGAGCACCUUGCAAUACUUUUUGUUCUUAACACCUUGAAUGAUUUGCUGGGAUCACCAAACUUGGUCGCCUCACUGCUCACCACUAAAUCCAUUCACAACAAAGAAGUAAAAUUUCUAGUUACUCUAAAUGACAGUGCCCUUGAACAAUUGGCCAUGGAAAGGAACAGAAGGGUGGUGACCCCUCUACUUGAUCUUUGGCAUCCAGCACCUUUUGUGACUUGUAAAUGUUACUGAAUUGACUACAAACAGUGACCAUAAUGCUUUCAAAUUGAACAUACAUGUAAGUGAACAAUUGCCAAGAUAGUCACACUUGACUUCAAAAGAAGAAACUUCACAAUGGUUGGGGGUUGUUCAAAACUAUAAUAAUAAAAGCUCAGCUAAAAUGUAUAUUGCUGGUGAGAAUGGGUACCAUCAAGCCAAUGUAAUUAACGAGCAAAGUCAAAUAAUUAUAUGGAGUAAGGUUUCUUUAAAUAAGUAGAAGUCCUAUCCAAAUCAGAACAAAAAGGAACACAAACUUGGCAAAAAGAAAUGCAAAUGGACAAUGAGGGAUGUAAAAAAGCACACUGCCAGUAGCCAUAGAUAGCCCUCUAUGAAUUUAUGCUGAUCCUUUUUUAAAGCCAUCCCAGUUGGUAAUCACUGCCUCCUGUGGAGAAACACUUUCUUUUGUCCCUUAGUGCAGGGGUCAGCAAGGUUUAUCUUGCCUGGGCUGGAUCAGUCCCGUGGAGAUCCCUCCAUGGGCCGGAUUGUGGGUGUGCGUGAGCGCGCCCCCAUGCGAUUUUCAGCGCCGUGGAAGCGAGUCACCGCACUGUGGUAGUUUAGUGCGUGGGCGGGCAACUCGGUUCGGGGGCAGCUCAUGGACCGGUCAAACGACCUCCAUGGGCCACUUCAUGGGCUUCCGGCCCAUGGGCCUUAGGUUGCUGACCCUUGCCCUAGUGCCUAAAAAAAUCUAAAUCCCUCCUACUGUCAUCACUUGUCUUAUCCAUGCAUUGAAAUUAAUCACCUGUGCCUGUCUAGCACAUUGAAUAUGUAGCAUUUCACAGAAAGCUACCUUGAAGUUCUUAGCUUUCAAUCUGCAACCAAGCAACCUAGAAUACAAUCCCUGCUUCAGAGUAUAUGUCACAAGAUGAUGGGAGGACCUGUAAUCUUUGAGUCUGGUCCUAAAUGCACAACCCCUUUCGCCAAAUGUCCUUGUGUGUUGAUGCUUUCCCUGUAUGUGUUCGCUUUACACAGGUAAAGUAAUAAAAGCUGCUUUGAUUGUUUUGAUGGAAAGGAAGAGUAAAAACGUGUUUAAUAAAUAAAAGUGUUUUUUUAUAAAGCACUUGAACCACUUUUGUGCAUGUAUUCACAUAGAAAAACAGUUGUGUAUUUAACAUAUUAAAGAAAUACACAACACAAAAUUAGCUAAUAUGUUAGUUACAAGAACCUGAGCAAGAGAGACUGUACAAUACUUAGGACCCAACUAUUUGUAUAUUUUACCACACCAGUGUAAACAGUAAAUAAGGACAUAUAUCCCUGUAAAUUUAAAUCAUCCCUGAAAAAAAAAAGAGUUCAUUUUUUUAACAAAUAGAUUUAUUUUUUGUCUUUACAAAUGUUAAGUAAGAUGCAUAUUAACUAAUUUUUUAGCAUUCUAGCCAUGUCCCAAAUACUAUUAAAAGCAAAUCCCAAAAGGCAGGUAGGGAAUUUGUUUUCCAGUGAAAUGCUAUUGAGAUUUUAAAAGCAGUUAAUGUAGCAGUCAUUUCUAUAACUGUGUUGUCUUCUUAAGUAAUUUACAGCACAAUCCUGUACACAUUUUCUUAAGUCCUGUCUCCCCCAAAGCUUAUUACCUAGCAAUUGGUUUGGGGAUUGUAACUCUGAAAUCUAAAAUCCUGAAGUAACCUUUUAUUUGUUAAGUGGAAAACAGCCAAAUUCCAACAUUUACUUUUUUAUAUACAUGCAAAAAGAGAGUGCAAUUUUCAUGCUGUCUUCUAUAGCUAUUUAGUCAGUCAUCAAUUAAUUUGAUUUUUUUUAUAGAGGUAAAAAUCACAGGAAAAAAUACUUGGAUUUUUUUCCUUCAAUUUAACAUUAGUUAGGAUUUCUUAAAAUGAAUGUCUCCCUAUAAAGUCACAAGUGCAUAAUAAUUCUUAUUAGUCAAAGUUGUACCUGAAAUUACCCUGGGCCACCUUUAUAUAUUCCUGGGUAGCUCUUUAUGAAAAGCGAGAAUGACAUGCAAAUUACAGACAGUGACCAUUUUAGGCACAUCCGAUAUGUUUGUGACUGCACACAUGUGCAUUGCGUUGAACCCAGAAGUAACACAAAAAGGGGUGGGGUGUUUGCAGGUUUUUUCAGUGGUGUUUCAAAUACCGUAUUGGCCUGAAUAUAAGCCUCACUUUUUCCCCAAUUUCCAACCAUGAAAAGUUUUAAAGUGUGGCUUAAAUUUGCGACCUUACAAAAAUUGGCUUUUAUGAUAUCUCUGCUGAAACAGACAUACGGUAAAACAGAACAGGUAUGAGUCCCUGCUGAAUUUUAAGGGAGUGGCUUAUAUUCGGGUAUUGUGUCUCUCUCUCUCUCUCUCUCUCUCUCUCUCUCUCUCUCCCCCCCCCUUGAAUUUUAAAGGUGUGGCUUAUAUUUGGGCCAAUACGGCAUAUGUGAUUUCACUUUAAGGUGCAGUUACUUAGAAUGUAGCCCCCACAUAAUUUGGGAGUUACUUACCUGUAUAGCCGUGUGUGUGUGCGCGCGCUCUCUCUCUCUCUCUCUCUCUCUCUCUCUCUUUUUAAGCCAUUGUACUAUUGAUGCCCCAGUGUGGCUGGGGCUACUUGGGGCUUUAUUUGAUUAUUAUUAUUAUUAUUAUUAUUUUUUGCAUAACCCUGUUGAUCCUGUUAAAAGCUUUGCUGAUUAAUUACAUUUUUCAAGCUGUCUGACUUGACCAACUCUUUGUGUAGUGUGAGCAGAACUGAACGGAGCGGAAGAUACGGCUCUAUCAUAGAUAGAGAUGAUCGUGAUGAGCGGGACUCCAGAAGUCGUCGACGGGAUUCUGACUAUAAAAGAUCCAGCGAGGAGCGCAGAAGUGACAGAUACGAUGAUUACCGGGAUUACGAUAGUCGGGAUUAUGAUGGCAGAGAUUAUGAUGGUAGAGAUUAUGAUGGUAGAGAUUAUGACAGUCCUGAGGUGAGCGUAAUGUCUAUGUGCAUGGAAAGUUUUGAACAACACAUGUUUUAACUUUGGUUACUGUUAUGCAGAAAUGGGAAGCAGGUGGCUCUCCAAAUACUCUUGGUUAGCAUUUUCCAUCAUCCUUGACCGUUGUCCAUUUUGGCUGGGACUGAUGGUGGUUGGAGAACCUCGACUGUUGGAGGGCUACAGGUUCCUUAUCCCUGGCAUAAUGAGUGUUUUUGUAUUGUGCUGUUUCCUGUGUUAAUCAAUGGUACACUUCCUAGCUUUACUUACUUUAUGGAGCUCAUAUGGUCACUAUUUUUUCUGGAUACUGUAGAAAGUAAACAUUGUAUUUCAUGUUUGUCAAGCAAAGAAAGGAUUGUUUGAAUAUGGAUUGAAUGAUUUUCACAAGUCCUGAUUGUUUUUUUAAUGGAUAAAGUGCUAUAGAGUCAGCUUGCUAAAACACAUGCUUACUUGGCAGAGAGAGCGUGAACGCGAGAGGCGUAAUAGUGACAAAUCAGAAGAUGGAUAUCAUUCUGAUGGGGACUAUGGAGAGCAUGACUAUCGAAAUGACAUUAAUGAUGAGAAAGAAAGCAAGACCAUCAUGUUGCGUGGGCUCCCUAUCACUGUUACAGACUAUGAUGUAAGUAAUACUUAACUAUUGUCUUUAGAAUAUUUGGAUUGCAUUAGAAUAAAUGCUGAAACAGCUUAUAUAAUCUUGAAAAGCACUCAAUUUUUAAUAUUAAUAGUUUUUAAAAAAAAUUAAACUUGCAUACAGAUUCGCGAGAUCAUUGAGUCCUGUGAAGGCCCUCGGCCUGCGGAUGUGAGGCUGAUGAAGAGAAAGACAGGUGAGAGUGUUAACCUAUUUUUUUGGCAGUACCUUCCUCUUCCCCAGGCCUAAAACGUUUUCCCCACACCUGCAAGUACAAUCAGAAUGAAAGGUUUGCCAUGGGUAAGGAAUUUGGCCUUUUGAAAGGCUGUAGAUAGUGGAAGAAGCCUUCAGAUUUUUAUAUAUUAAAGGGUAUGGUAAGUAACACCUACCGUUAAUUUUUUUUUAAACUUUAGUAGUUCAUUGCAUGGUUACCUUUAAACAUGGAUCCCAUUCAGGUGUUAAGGCAGCUUGGUUUCCUUGCCAUGGCAAAACAAGAAGCAAAUUCAGAGUUGACGUCGCAUUUAUAAAACUGCUUUGUCAUGAAGUAAUGAAGCAGUUGGAGAGAGAUUCACCUGUUUUAAAGGAACUGACUAACACAACUAUCCCGUCUAUAUCUGAAUGCUGUCUCUAGGUGUAAGCCGUGGUUUCGCCUUCGUGGAGUUUUAUCACUUUCAAGAUGCUACCAGCUGGAUGGAAGCCAAUCAGGUUGCUUCACUCACAAAGUCUAGAUUAUUCCUGAAAAUGGAACAAGUCUGUACAGUUUUUAAAAAGGAAUAAAUGAAAGGCUGAAGGAGUGGUUUGUUCCAAAACCAUGACUUCCUAAAGAUUAAAAGCUUUGUAUAUGUUAAAAUUUUCGAAAUGUAUUUACAUAGUGCUAGAGAGCCCCAGUAGAUUUGCCAAACUGCCUGUUAUAAAAUCAGCAUAUUACUAUUCUGAUAGUUAUAACGUAGCAUUUUACCUGACUGAUUGGGUCUCUAAACAUUAUUUCCAUAGUAACUUCUCAAGUUUCAAAUCAUACAGGCUUUUCUGAAUGCAGUAAUACUGUAUGUGUGCUUUAUGCUAGCACUAGCUGUGAAAGGGCAGUCUAUUAAACUACAGCUGCACUUUUAUAUUAACGCAUAUGGCUUUUCAAUAUUACUUAACAAAUGAAAGUGGAACAUUGUGGAGUAUUACUAAUGUAAUCAACAAAAAUUUGUAAUUAAAAUAAUAGUGAAAUAAUCUCCCUGCUUAUUUCCAGUGCAUUGGUAUGCUGCUGGAUUACUAAUACUUCAGUUUUUCAUAAGCAAAACUUCUCUCCUACUGAAUUGCUGUUAAGCUAGACCUAUGCAGCUGGUGGAGAUACUAAAAAUCUAUAAAGAGCAGAAUUACAAUUAUUGUGGCUUAAAAACAAGAUUGAAAAUGCAUCUUUCGCUGAAUUUUUCCACUUUUGACAUCCAAUAACCAGAAGUAUAACGAGUAUUUCUCUGGACUUCAUAUCAUGGGCAACCACCACAGCAAUUAAGCUGAAAGAGUACCUAAUCCUUGCAUGCAUUAAAGUGACUUUUAUGGUGUUCAUAGCAUGCAUUGGUGGUGCAGAUGGGUGCCUGAAUUAACAUUAACUGAAUUUACUAGUAAACUCUGCACAAUUUUUAACAUAUACAAAGCUAUAUCAGUAUUCAUCUUACUGAAUAAAUUUCAAAUUCACUCCAAAAAAUAACCACACAUCCUCUAGCAUUAGGGAAAAGUAGUCAAGUCUCCCCAGUGGCCCUGUUGCUAACUGUCAGACAAACAUGAUUUAGUGUAAAUAUGCCAGCAACGUGUGUGUGCAUAACCCAGUUUGUUCUGGGUCCUUCAACCUUCCCCUUAUUUGCCUACUCUAGCAAUAAAAGGAUGAAAUCUGCACCCUAGAGCUACCAGAUACUUUUAAGUUUCUUCAUGCCAUUUAUAUUUAGAACUUUACUUUCUGACGUAAUAUUUUAGCUAAAAAUUAGGUUUAACAUACACAUCUUGACAUACUUAAAGGUGCAUCUCUCUGAAUGAAUAGCUGUUAAUGGCUUACAGAAAUCAGGGGAGGGAUAGGGGAACUAUGUAUAUGUAGGAAUCAAUAAAGUUUAAGUUGAGAAACUUGGCUUCUUCGUAUACAUUUAAGCAGCUAAUCGUUUAUAACAUCAUUCUAACUUUGAAGGGGCACUGAGAGCAAAAUGAACUGGUACCCUAUUGUGAAAUUUCAGUAGCAUUGUAGUUAUUUGAAGAAAGCUACUGUCUGAAGAACACAAAUUUCUUACACAAGCUUUUAUGUGAACUGAUGAAGUAGUCAAAAAAGAUUCAUACUGAACGUGUGUUCAGUUCAUGACCUUUUGUUCAGCCUCCAGGAAGCUAACCAGGGUCCUCUUGGGAGAAAUUACUGUACUUUCAAGGGGCACUUCAUGAAGAAAGCAACUGAAAACAGUCCAUUUGUUUUGAAGUUUUAAAAUUCUAGGGUGUUUGGAGUUGGGAAAGAAGUGAAGCAAUCACUUGACAAUAUUUUUAAAAGCGUGUUGCUAUGCCAGUAGGACUCGGUCUCCUUUGAGACAUUUCCUGGUUCCAUGUCAGCGCUUAGUUUUGGCAGCUUGAUCAACACUCCCUGAUUCCGUUUACUUUUACUGCACAUCCCAUUUUCUUACUGCCCGUGUCCUGCAGGAUUGAAUGGGCAGAGUGUAGGAGGCGGUGGUUGGUUCUCUACGUCCUCCCCCUAUGUUGUCCAUUUAAUUCAUGAGCACUGAAUCCUCCGAAGUGUGCUCUGCCAUGGGAAAAUGGACAUCUGUGCCGUGAUACAGGAAUAACUAAAUGUGCUUUUUUUGCAGAAAAAACUGUUGAUUCAAGGGAAACAAAUUGCAAUGCACUACAGUAACCCCAGGCCUAAAUUUGAAGACUGGCUUUGCAACAAGGUAAAGCAAUGUUUCACAUCUUUCCUAGUUGCUCUUUAACUUCAUUAAUCAUUAUUGACUACACCCAUGGAAGUGACUUAAAUUUUAGUAACAUUUAAAAUUCAGAGCUAUUACAGCAAAAUCUAAAUAAAUUAUAAGGCUUGCCACAAACAAGUACAAACAGUUCAGCAAGAAUAUACAUACCCAGGGAAUGAUCUGAAGGUGUGUGAGGCCAUUCCUUGCUGAAGCUAAGCAGGUCUGUGUCUAGUAUUCAGUGCCUGGUUUGGUGACUUUUCUGGGAACCACUAGUAUACUUCCCUGGGUUCCACACUGGAAGAAAAGCGGGAGAUAAAUAUGAGAAAAUAGAAAGGUUAACAAACUUUAAAGGCAAAAGCCACUGAUUAUUGGCUUCAUGUAGAGAUGGUAUGGUGUUCUAAAACGAUGAGAAAUUCUGUGUGCUUUCCCUUCUCUGCUCUUAAUGCACGUUCCAGGGCUAUAGACCCAUGCAGCUGAUGGAACUGUGAGCUCUAGCUCUUCUCAACACUGAACAAUGUUUACUCCAAAUUCAGUGAUUCUGUAAUAUUUCAAUAGAAAGAUGGGCAUUGCCAAGAAAAUGCUAUAGAUGAUAGGCUAGUUUAUUUUAUAGAGGCUACUUGCAGAAUUGCUAUUUGUGUGAACGGAUAAAGUUUGUUGAGACUGGUAUCUGAAGGCUGCAGAUUAUGAUUAUAUAUGGUAACAGUUUCACGUUAAAUUAAUUGGUAUAGAUGUGGUAUGCUACAGCAAGCUUCAUCAGCUGAAUGAUCUAAAAAUGUAAUGGAUUUGUUUGUUUGUUAGUGCUGCCUUUACAACUUCAGGAGGCGUCUAAAAUGCUUCCGUUGUGGAGCAGAUAAAUUUGGUAAGUUCUAUUUGAGUAACUUAAACUAAAGAUAUUUUUAUUUCACAAUUAUAAAUUAUGCAUGUUAUUCUUACUCUGACAUAGUAGAGGCGUCUUGAUGUAACAACCUAAGUUACUGCAUGAUUAAAAUUAUUUUUUCUGAUUUGCAAUAAAGAUUCAGAACAGGAGGUACCACCUGGAGGACCAGAGGCUGUUCAGUCUGUAGACUACUACUGUGAUAGUGAGUAAAGUCUCAAGUCUUCUGUUAUACUGUGGGAUUGGUCGGCCAAAGUGUGUGUUGCAAGACAAAGUCCAUUUCCUGCCAAGAUCCCCAUAGAUUUGAUUCAGUAUUUUCAUUUUCAUUUCAGAAGAGUAGACCAUAGGGCAGAAAUCCAAGGUGCUGAAGCACAGUAACCCAGAGAUUUAUAAGAAGUAUUGAUAUCGUUUUAGCUGAGGACACUUGAAACCCAAAUUUAGCCCUCACAGCUGUUGCAGGGCUUUCUUUACCCCAUUCCUUUCCCCGCCUUCCUCAGUCUUCAAGCAUGUUUUACUCUGUUGAUGUUUUUUAAACUGAUCUUUCUCUACCACCACUCUAAGAGCACAUACUCCUCUGCUUCCCCUCCUUAGUACAUUACUCUUCUUUUUCUUUUUCAUCAGUGGCUCAAGUUUCAAAAUGUUCUCAGAUUUCAAAAAGCUUUGCUGCAGAUUUUGUAAGCUAUUCUUGAUAAAUAAAUUUUCUAAUUAUGAAAUGUUGAGCAUAAUAAAACAUUUUGGCACUUUGAGAAUUGGUUUUCUCUAUGUUUUCCCUUCACUCACUGCCUCUCCCUCCCCUUUUUGGGUCCCUUUCUGUAGACAAGAACCCUCCCCCCCCUCAUUGUUUCCUCCCCUGCAAUCAUGUCAUUUCCUAUAAGACUUGAUUCUCUUUAUUUGGUUCUUCCUGCUCUCCAUUCUUAGUGCAUAUAGGAAAGGCCUACUCUAGCUUUAUAUUUAUACUAAGAAGUUCUAACAUACAGGCAACAACCGAUUUAUGUGAUUCCAAGGGACACACGCCCACCCCAGAAAUCGCUAGAAAAGAGGGGGUGGGGCAAGCUUAUACACACUCCACCAUUGUGUACAAUAACCCAGAACACAACUCCCACAUAAUCAGGGGUUGCUUGUACUCAUAUUUAAAACUACAUCUUACUAAUGUAUUCCUGUGAUAGUGAGUGUAACAUAAAUGACUAGGUUAUAUCCAUAUACCUUAGGUGUUAUUACAAAAUAUUAAUACAAUAUUUUUUAAUUUAUGAAUUUGGUGUGUUCUUACACUUAAAGGGUAAUAUAUGCAUCAUCUUGUAAUAACUUGUUAUUUGUUCUCCUAGCUCUUAUUCUCAGAAACAUAGCCCCUCAUACAGUAGUGGAAUCGAUCAUGACAGCGCUAUCACCAUAUGCUUCACUGGCAGUAAAUAACAUUCGACUUAUUAAAGACAAACAGACCCAACAGAAUAGAGGCUUUGCUUUUGUACAAUUGUCUUCAGCAAUGGUGAGAACAUACUUUAUUUCACUUUGAUACUGAAUUUUGUAUAUGGUCACUGGAAAAAAGUAAAAGUAAUCCAGUUCAGUGAGAUGUGCAGCAUCUUGAGCAACUGCACCUUCUCUAGCUUUGUAGAGGUAGUGGAAUUAAAGCAACUUUUGGAGGAUCAUCUUAUUGAAGUACCACAUUUAUGGCUUACAUAGUACUAGAUGAGUGGGCAAGACACUUCUUAAAUGUGGUGAGAAGGGUACAGCGUUUGGUCAUUUUAUCAGUCAGAGGCAUUGUAUCAGGCCAUUAAUACUCAUAAUAGAACAAAAUCUUGUGUAAAGGUAUGCAGCCCACGUGAUGUGCCUGCCUAGCUCAGUGCCCUUCUGAGCAAUAAUUUUGUGUUUUAAUUUGAGCUUUGUCCAAUACCUGUAAUUUCUUUCUAGGAUGCUUCUCAGCUGUUGCAAAUUUUGCAGAGUCUUCAGCCACCUCUUAAAAUAGAUGGCAAAACAAUUGGUGUGGAUUUUGCCAAGAGUGCCAGGAAGUGAGUUUCAUUAACUGCUGCUCUUUCAUAUUUAAAAUGUAUGUCAAAUUUUCUCCAAAUGGUAAAUAAUUGGAAAUUGGUAUUGCUGCUAUAUUUGCAAAUGUCAGUGAUAAAACGGAAAUGAAAAGGUGUUUUGAAGCUUUUUAUGAUAGCAGGUUGUCUGUGAAAUGUUCUUAGAUGUUUUUCUUGUUUUUAGGGAUUUGCUUCUCCCAGAUGGUAAUCGUGUCAGUGCUUUCUCUGUUGCUAGUACAGCCAUUGCUGCAGCCCAGUGGUCAUCAACCCAGGUAGGGGAUCUGAGUCUAAAAUGGAUUGUUGUAAAUGACCUUGCCUUAUUCCAUAAAUUUAAGAGCCAUCUAAACAGCCUUUGUGUUUGGUUUGGUUUGGUUUGGUUUGGUUUGGUUUAUUUACUUUACCAUAUCCUUUAAUUUAUAGCCUCAAAGUGGAGAAGGUGGAGCAGUUGAAUUCAACUACCUCCAGCUGGGACAGGAUGGCUAUACCCAGUACACUCAGGUACGUAUGACUAAUAUUAUCUUAGGUUCACAAGUGAACAGAAAUAAGUUGACAGAAAGUUUCCUCUCUUUUCCCACCCACUCCAAAAAGCCCAUCCAAGGCUGUGAAAUGGGGGGGCAAUGAGCUUCUGGGAGGGUAAUGAAUCAUCCCAAAAUCGGAUUGGGCUCUUCCCCAGUUUUUUUGCAAUUAAGCUGAACCUUAGACAGCAUCAUCUAUAAGAUUCCCCAACCCUCCAGGAGGCAGAAAACAUCAUCAUUAUUAUGCAUUUCUUUUCUAUACCACUUUAUAUUUUAAACAAGGGGGAAUCUCAAAAGCUGUUUACAACACAUUAAAACAUCAAAUAAAACAAUCCAGAAUCAAACAUUACUGAAGAAAGUCAAAGUAUACAUUCAAAACAACAUAACAGGAAACUCAAGAUUUCAAAAUAAUACAUUACAAAGGCAGUAAACCACAGAAUGCAAAUUUAAUGCAACAAAAAUAUCUUAAACGUUUCGUAAGAAAACAUUGCUAAAGGAAGUCAAAUGUAAAAUGCACAUUUAAAACAGCUUAAUUAACAAGAGAAUAUCUUAAGCAUAGAACGCAUUAUGCCAAGGGUGGUUCAUGGUGGGUGGUAGCUGUAGCAGCUCAGGCCUGAUGACCUGGGUCUGCACUAAAGAGAGAACCAAAAUGGUCUCCGACCUCUUCAGCAGCCUCAGCUUUUUGUAGCUGGAGUCAGUCAAGGCCCGCCCUCCGAAAGCUGGGUGGAAAAAAUUCCACAGGGCAGGGAGCAGGACUUCCAUGACUUUUCUUCUAUAAAUUUAUUUCUGUUAAGAGCCAAGCCUGUGUAUUUAUAUUAUGUACCACACAAGUAAUUUUGUCUUAAUUCUUUGCAUAGUGUUCACAGGAUUAUCAGCAGUUUUACCAGAAUCAAGCAGGAACAUUGGACACAGAUUCAGCUACAAUAUCAGGUAACAGUUUCCUCUUCCUAUUACUGUGGUAAAAUUCUACUUACCCAUGUUCCUGUGCAAGAGCUGUAUGGAAUACUCAGUGCUUGUCUCUGCAUUCAGUAGAGUGGCAUACAAGGGUAAACAAUGAGUUUGUGUAUUUGAACAGUCUAGAAAAUCUAAAUGCUCUAGUUCAGGCAUGGCCAAACUUGGCCCUCCAACUGUUUUGGGACUACAAUUCCCAUCAUCCCUGAUCACAGGUCCUGUUACCUAGGAAUGAUGGGAGUUGUAGUCCCAAAACAGCUGGAGGGCCAAGUUUGGCCAUGCCUGCUCUAGUUGAGUAACAAAGUGCUAUUGUAGUUUUUCAGAUUGCUUUGCUGAACUUUUAAUAACUAUUGCCAGGUACUCCAGUGACAAGUGCUACUACAGCAGCUGUUGUUUCCCAGAGUCCUCAGUUAUAUAAUCAACAGAACAGCUCUCCCGAUUCUCCGGUAAAUAUAAUCUGUAUUCUGUUGGAGUGAGAUUUUAUCUUAUAAUAAUUUGGAAGGUACAUUUGGCUGAAAGAUACUGGUGUGGCUUAGUAAAGCUUGCAUGUAUAAACUCCAUUUUGGAAGUAUUGACCUGUGUGUAGUAUACUGAAUAGGUUCAUUUAAGGCAGCCUUCAAGAUCUAGUGAACUCCAGAUGUUUUGAACCUCAGCUUCAGUUAACUGCUUUUGGCCAUGCUGAUUUGGCUGGUGGGAAUUGUAGUUAAAAAACCAUCUGGAGGGCACCAGGUUGAGGGGGACUGAGUGUAAGUUUUUUUAUGUUAAGUUACUGAACAGUUGCAGCUUUUAAAGAUCCUAUUUUUAAAUUGUCCCCCCCCCCAUAGACUCAAGUAGCACAGCCAGGCACUAGUGCGCAGGUGCCAUCAGCAUCUUCAACUGGCGUGGUCCCUGGCACCAAGUAUGGUAAGCAAACUUCCCUUCCAAUGAUCAAUGGAAAUAGACAGCAGUUAACACUCAUACGUAUUGAUAGUGCUCAUUUUUAGGACAAAAGUAACCAUGUGGGUAGGAUGAACUUGUUUUUAAUCCGCUGUAGUGUUUUCCUAAAGUGAGAAUAUCCAAGACCUUGGGGGGUUGGGAGGCAAAAUGAAAGGGCAAAGGCACUGCUGGAAGGAAAUGAGUGAUACAGAAAACAGGUAAAAGGGAGUUGAGAACGAUUAUCAGAAUUGUUAUGAGCAGAAUUCCAGAUGACGCCUGUAGGUGUCUCAGACCUAGGGUUGAUUGAGACUAGCUCAUUAUGAGGAAGUUGGUCAGACAACUGCUGCUUUAUCAUAUUUACUGUUGUGAUUUGUGGUUUUCUUGACAUCUACUAAGUAAUGGUGAUUUAACACACACAGAUAAUAAUAGCUCACAUUUCUAAAUUUUCAGCUGUUCCAGAUACUUCUACAUACCAAUAUGAUGAAUCAUCAGGUUUCUAUUAUGAUCCUGUAACGGGGCUCUAUUAUGAUCCAAACUCCCAGGUAAACAAUGCUCCCAGCUCUUUUUAACUAAAAAUAACAUGGGGUCAUAACCUGUGCCAAAUCGUGCAUACCUUUUGGAAACAGAGUGUCAUUCAGUACUGGGUUAGCAACUUGGGGAGUAAUCUGUUUCCCAGGCCUUGAACAGUUACUGUCAGUGGAGAGUACUUGGUAGAAGGACCAAUUGUCCAGCUUGGUAUUACCGUAUUUUUCGCUCUAUAACACGCACCAGACCAUAACACGCAUGUAGUUUUUAGAGGAGGAAAACAAGAAAAAAAAUAUUCUAAAGGAAAUAGUGGAUAUAUGAUUUUUGUGGUUCAUGCUGUGGCCACAGACAUGUGAUCUGACAGUGAGUUUGGAGUAGCCCAAUGCAAAAAUCCCGAGGAUCCAUGUGGAUCCAUGCUUUGUAACCAUGGAGGAGGGAAGGAAGGGGAACUAUGAAUCCUCUGCUCACGACUGCAGCAGAUCCCCGCCACCCGCAGGCAUUCACUCCAUAACACGCACAGACAUUUCCCCUUACUUUCUAGGAGGAAAAAAGUGAGUGUUAUGGUGCAAAAAAUACGGUAAUUUGCAGUAGUGACGUGCAUUCAUGCAUGUGCUGUUCACAGGCUGCCAUGUAACCAUUUGAUUGGUAUGUCUUUCAAAUCUUUGGCAUUAUUUGACACAAUCUGAAGAAGUGUGCAUGCUCACGAAAGCUCAUACCAAUAACAAACUUAGUUGUUCUGUAAGGUGCUACUGGAAGGAAUUUUUUUAUUUUAUCUGAAACAAUGUUUGCACAGACAAUAUUUCAGAAAAUCAGAGGCUGCAUAGGGGGUUUUCUCUGUUGAUUAAUAAUGUGAACCCAUAACAAUCCAGAUUUAACUCAUACUUCUUGGUUUUGGUAUCUGUCUCUACACCAGUUGCAUAUGAGGAAAUUUUAUUUUUUUGAAAGGUAGCUUGAUCUAUAGGAUAUAAAUAUGAAUAGAUAUGGAUUUUUCCCCCCUCAGUACUACUACAAUGCGAUAACACAGCAGUAUCUUUACUGGGAUGGUGAGAAAGAGACCUACAUGCCUGCAGCAGAGGGUACAUCUUACCAUCAAAAUAAUGCAUCUUCCACAAAAGAAGGGAAAGAGAAGAAAGAGAAGCCCAAGAGUAAAACAGCUCAGCAGGUGAUGAUCAGAAUGACAGCUUUAAUUGAUAAGAUCAAAGUUUGCAUGUUUGAACACAAAACACUCGUUUUACUUCAAUCACAUAAUGAAAAUUGCAUGUCUUAUUAACAGCAUUAAGUGAAAAACUGGAUAGCUUAAAAGGAUUUGGCACCAUAAGGCAGGUGUUACAUGUUUACAAUAUCAGUGGGUCCCAAUAUGCUCAAAUCACUGACAGGAUGACACCUCUCGUGAACCUAGGCAAUUUAGUAAUAUAACCUUUAAAUGCGAACUAAACACUUAAGUUGGUUAUGUAAAGAUUUCCAAAUACAUGUCUUUGCACACUAGUUUGAUAACUCAUUUGACAAAAUUGAGUUGCAUGUGAAUAACCUGAAAUCUAUAGGUGCGGAAAAUAUGAUAUUGUAUGCAGAUACUAAAUUUGAUUUGUUUUCUUGGUAUAGACUUAAUUUAUGUCAAUGUUUUACUAUUUAGAUUGCUAAAGACAUGGAACGUUGGGCUAAGAGUCUAAACAAACAGAAGGAGAACUUCAAGAAUAGCUUUCAGCCGCUGAAUGCAAGGGAGGAAGAAAGACGAGAAUCUGCAGCAGCUGAUGCUGGCUUUGCUCUGUUUGAGAAAAAGGUAAAGGUUGGUAGGAUUUAAUAUCUAAAAAGGAUAUUGUAUACAGUUUUUGGGCUUAACAGUUUUUUCUUUCUUCAGGGUACCUUGUCUGAGAGACAGCAGAUAAUAACAGAAGUUAUAAAGAAUGGUGGUGAAGAUGAUAACCCACUGAAAGUGAGUGAAUAUAAACUUACAGUGACAUUAGUGUUGUUUAAGUUUUUUGUUAACAUUCCUAAUUCAUAAAUAAGUUUUGGCGAGUGCUUUCUUUGAGCUGUGAAACACGUGUUCUUUUUGUGAUGGAGCAAGAAUCAGAAUUGAUAUUUUUUUUUUGCAAGCUUAUAUUUAGUGGUCAUUCUUAUUUCAGCUAAACAUGUUAAUUAAUUAGGCUUCCGUGUCCUUUAUGCAAUAAUUUAGAGGUUUGCAGACAGAGGUACUGAAAACAGGAAGGAGUAUUUUGGGACCCUUUUAAUCUCUGGAGUUGCAAAAGGGCUGUUGGCCAUUGUGAUGAAACUUUGUUGGUCUUAGCUGGGAAGCUGAUCUUUACAGUAACUCCUUUCUUUAUAGGGUGUUCCUUCUAAAAAGGAAGUAAAGCAACAUCUGAGAGUUAUGGGAUAUGGGACAUUCAGUAGAGUUCUAAUCUUGUCAGGGAAACAAAUGGAAUUUACACGUUCAUAGGGUGCCUCUUUGUCAGGCAUGUUGAGUUGUAGAACAGCAGUGGCCUGAGGUUUCCUAUAUCAACCCUCUAGUGGUAGAGCCCAUAACAGUCUAUCACCUGCCCUUUAGUGUGAUAGAACUUGGCAGCUUGUAUUUAUUGGGCUAAAAUGACAUUACUCCUCUUCCAGCGUGGAUUGGUGGCUGCUUAUAGUGGAGACAGUGAUAAUGAAGAGGAUUUCUUGGAAAGGCUGGAAAAUGAAGAAGAAAAACUAACAGACUGGAAAAAAAUGGCCUGUUUGUUAUGUAGAAGACAGUUCCCAAAUAAAGAAGCUCUAGUCAGGCACCAACAGCUCUCUGAUCUUCAUAAGGUAAUCAACUUCUUCAAACAAUAAAUUCAAUAUUGCAGAAUUUUAUAGUUGCCACCCAAAAUAACUGAAUAUCAACUUGUUCUCUUGGCUUGGCGCAGGGGCGGAAACAUGGAAAGUGGUCAAGAGGAUUCUAGACAAGUGGAGAGUUUCUCUUUUCCCUCUGUAGUUCGAACCUUGUCGUCUUAAUUAUAGUUACUUAUAUCUCACCUACUAAGUAAUACUAAACUCCAUUUUAAAAAGCACAAUAAGCAAUAUCAACAUAAAAAAUGUUAGUAUUUUUUCCACAGGGUAGUUGAUGAUAGAAUGGCCCUGGCUUUGCGGGGUGGGGGCAGUAGUGAGCUGGAGCGCACUCUUAAUAUUACUAUGCCUGUCUAUGUCUUCUGUUGGGAUACUUCCCACAGGGUUGUAUCCCACAUGAUUUGGGGGGGGGGGGCACAAAUUUUGUCUGUCUUUUUAGAUAUACAAAAUAGUAUGUGGCAUUGAGCUCACUUGCAGUGUUUUAUUACUUAUGGAUAUUGCUUGUUAGGAAUAAAACUGUGAGGUAGUCUUAAAUCAGAUUUUUUUUCAAAAAAAAAAUAGCUUCCUGUGCCAGUCUCAAUUAUUCAAUUUUGAUUAUUUUUUCCUAUAAAGCAAAACAUGGACAUCUACAGGAGAUCGAGACUAUCAGAGCAAGAGCUCGAAGCCUUGGAAAUGCGUGAGAGAGAGGUAAGUGGUAUGUAAACAAGACAAUAGAUUUUGAGGUGUUCAUUCAGCCCCCAGGCAACAUUCCACAAGCAUUCUGUUGCGAUCCCCAAGAUUUGGGUUAAUUCUAUUGCUUUCAAAAAGAAAUUGGAAUGAUAGAAAUGCAAACUAUGGUUCUCAAACACGAAAUAAGUAAAAGAUGGGAAGUCCUGGAUUGAAACUUGGUAGUUGAAAAAAAGCUCAAGGGGAAGGAAUAUAUCUUGCCAACCCCUAACAUUUAGGAGCUUCCAGUGUCCUAGUUUUCUGCAACACAGAAAAAAAUACAUCUUGUUCACAUGUGUCUUUUGGGGUGGGGCAUAAAGAUUUUAGAUCAACUAGUUAUGCAGCCAAAAUCUGCAGAAUGAUUGCUAUUCAUGUCCUUUUGUAUUAACUGUUGCAAUCUGGUUCAGAACUUUUUGUUGUGCCCCCUUUAUUUUGUCAACGUUAAAAAUGGGCAACAAUUCUUAAUUCUGAAAGUAAUUGAAUCCAGUAGCAAUAGAGUGGGAUUAGUCUGUAUGAUGUGCACCCGUUCUUUCUCUUUUUCUCCACUGUUUGGAUAUUGUACUUGACUCUCUUGCGUUCUAUACUGCCUACAUCAAUAGAUGCCACAUUGUUUUGCUACUUAGAAGCAGAAGGGUACUAGAGUAUGUGCUGGGGUUGACAAUGAGUUCAGAAGUUGAUGAAAUUGAUAUAAUUUCAGAUGAAAUACAGAGACAGAGCAGCUGAAAGACGUGAGAAAUAUGGCAUACCAGAGCCACCAGAGCCAAAGCGGAAAAAAGUGUUUGAUGCAGGCACUGUGUAUGUAUUUGAAAUAUUUUACCAUUUUACAUUUAAAUUAAAUUCUCUAAAUUUUCCUUAGUUUAACUGUGUGUUUGUUUUUUAGGAAUUAUGAACAGCCCACAAAAGAUGGCAUUGACCAUAGUAAUAUUGGCAACAAAAUGCUUCAAGCUAUGGGCUGGAGGGAAGGUUCAGGAUUAGGAAGGAAAUGUCAAGGUAUCACAGCCCCCAUUGAGGUAAGCAGGGAGGAGUUGUAUAUGGUUGUCAUCCUAGAUAGUUGAAAAGUGGUUAAAAAUCUGAAUUACAUUUAAGUAUACAAUCUUAAACAUGCCCACGCUUCCAUCUCUCUUGAAUGGAGGAGAGAUGCUCAGAACAAGUGUGGCAGUGACAGAUUUAGGUGACUUUUUCCCAUUGGGGGACACACUUGCUCACACCAUUUUGUGCUCCUGUUUCUUUCUGCUUUUAUGGAUGUGACAGCCAUUUUGUGUUAACCACGGCAGACGUUUUCUGAAUAACACUCAUGGCACUUUUCAAAUGUGCCCACUGGCCCAAAAAAAAGGUUGCUGAAUUGGGACAGCAUACCUGAGGAAUAUUUUUUUUUGGGGGGGGGGUGGAUCAUACUUGCUUGGCUAAAAAGUGAGUUUAAAUUAUUUUUCAGAGGUGGGGUGUUGUUCACCCAUUGAGACUUGUGAUGAAUGAAACGUAACUUCUGUGGUCAUGUUUGUUUUGCUGCUGCUAAAAUACCUGUGUUUCUUUGCAGGCUCAAGUGAGAAUGAGGGGAGCUGGGCUAGGAGCAAAAGGUAGUUCUUACGGUGUCUCUACAGCAGACUCUUACAAAGAUGCAGUACGGAAAGCUAUGUUUGCUCGAUUCACUGAAAUGGAAUAAGCACUGUCCAUCUUGGAAGCAGAAAAGCAUGAAACAUCUCACCCUAUUUCCCCCCAUACAGACUGUUAAAAUCCUUAUGACCUUGGAGGCAUUGCAGUUACUUUAGUUAUGGCUUGAGGUUAACUACUUCUAGUUUCAGGAUUUCCAUAAAUUCCAGCGUGUAAUGCUUCUCUUUGUGGAUCAUAAAACACAAAACACCACAGCUUCAUGUUGGACGAACCAUAACUAGAUUAAAAGGGGGUGCUGGAUCUUUAUACAUUUUUGUAUAUAGUGUAAAUUUAUGUGUCAUGCUAUUAAAUUUGUGUAGUCAAAAACCCACACCUGUCCUGUGGAGCAGUUGAGGAAGUGUUAAUGUGAUUUUACACUGUUAUAUCUGCCUACUUUGUACUGUUUCUCAUUUUUGGCAAAACUUUCCUGUAUAUUUUGUAAGAUAUGUCUUUGUAUAGUUUUUUUCUCUCUGAAGAUUUUGAUUAUAGAUGCCAGUCCAGGCUUCUUUCAAGAAGAAAUAAAGCCUAAACCAAAUUUUGUUUCUUAGCGGGGAAAGUUGAUUUAUGGAAAAGAAUAAGUGACUAUGUCUAACUACCUGUUUGCUGAUGAUAACAAAUAGAUAAAAUACCUUUGGUCCUGCUCUGAAGUAUUCAGAAAAGGAUCUGUAUGUACCCAAAAAAUGGCACCUACUGCCCUGGUUCCCAUGACACCAGCAAUCCUGUUGACAACACUAACCAAGUUAUUUGAGCUCUUAUCACAUAAUUGGGGUUGUGUUACGGGAAUAUAUCCAUCUGGGGAUUAACAAAUAGGAAAGAUUUAGGAAGACUGCAAGUGUGCCAGCAGAACUCCAGGAAAAGAAAUGGGUCAGGAUCCUAUGCCCAAGCAACUAUAUAGCCAGUCCCCUACUGCCACAUCAAUUUCCUUUCCUUCCUAGUAUGGGAUAGUGGUUUCUCCUACCUUCUCUGCUCCUGUUGGAUGGUUUUUCGCUUUCUUUGCUUUAUUCUCACCUCUUGUUUCUCUGGAUUGUCUCUCUUGGUUCUGUUUCUCCACUUCUGGUGGCUUUGGCAAGAAAGCAUUCCUCCUGAAUAAAGAUACAAGCAAGUGUAAA